AUAAACAAAACGUAAUUUCGAUGCCUAGAAUUAAGGCAAAGCAUUUGUGAGUUUCAAUUUUAAUUCGAAAUUUUUAUAUUCAACAACAUUUAGUCAAAAUAAAUAAAAUGAUAAUAAAUAUUUUUAUGCCGGAAAAUAUUUACCAUAGAAAAAAAGUAUAUCAGUUUAAUGAAGGGAAGCAAUGCCAGAUACCGCUCUAUGGAGAAAUUAAAUUUGAAACUAAUUUAAUUUCAUAUUUUAUUAUAUCAGAUAACGCAACAAAGCAAAAUUUUCGUUUACUUGGAUAUAUUCAAAAAAACUCGACUAACCAAAGUCAUGAUGUUUCUGUAUUAUUUAAUUUUGACGAUAAUCCAGAUGAAAUUGGUGUUUAUUUAAGUCACAUAAAUGUGUCUUCGCCAGGAUCUUCAAUUCAUUGUAACAUUUACGUCUAUGAAAGAAAACUUUUUGAAGAAAUCUCAUUUUCGGAUUCCGAGAAAUAUUUCGAAGGUUUUGAUCUAUAUUUCUUGAAAACAUUAUGUUGCAGCGCAAGUAAAAAAGAAAAAUCAGCUGAACUAUUUAUAUUGAAAAUUCAAAGGUUUAUUUUUAAAUUAUUGAUUAUAAUUUGUGAAUUAUUACCCACAGCAAAAUUUUUCAAACAAUCUUCAUUUUCGAAACACAUUUUUUAUUAUAAAGAACAUAUAAGGAAGGAGAAAAAGAGUUGGUCUACAUUAUUUGAUAUAAUAUUAGGUCUUGUUACUAUGUAUUUUAUAUUUAGUUAUUUGAAUCAAAACCAAAAUGAACCAAUAUUACAAAUCUGUCAAUAUAUUGUUUAUCAAAUACGAAAUUUGUUACAUUCACUUAAAGGAACUCCAAUUGGCUUGAAAUUAAACUUGCAACUCAAUAAUUUUCUUCUGGAUUGUUUUACUUAUCACAUUGAUUUGUGGGCGAAAUUCUUAAUUUUGAUUUCACCAAUAAUUCGCAAUUUACUUAUACCAUUGGCGCUUUUUGGAAUAUUGGGAUUUUCAUUUCAAUUGGCUAUACUAUCAGAUCUAUUAUUUCUAACAACAAUACAUGCACAUUGUUUUUAUAUAUACACAACAUUCUUAUAUAACAUCGAAAAAAUUGGACUUAAAGUUUUUUGGAAAACUGCUAUUGGAAAAAAAGAAAAUGUUUUAAAGAACCGUGUAGAAUCAUUUGAACUGCAAAAUCGACAAUAUUAUUUAGUAUCUUUGUUUCUUACAUGCUUUCUUUUUUUAAUGCCAACGAUAUGCGUUUACUACAUAGUAUUUGUAUUCAUCCGUUUUGGUAUAUAUUUGAGUAAUUAUAUUCUCUUAUUCUUAAGUAGAGGUAUAAUAGAAUUACCGAUCGACAAAUUUAUUGACAGUAUAUUUCUAACUCAUUAUGAUGUUAAUAAUAUUGAUAUAAAGUUCCUAAAAAUUGUAAAAAAAGAGAAUCUUUGUUUAACAUCUUCCGUUUUUAAAAUUAGUUUGAAAACCAAAUUACCCAAAAAGAAUAGUAUUUAUCCAGCAAAAAAAACACAUUUCAACAACGUUUCUAUUAAAGAAUUCUUUGAAUGCAUAAUAAAAGGAAAGAUUAUAGAUAUAAGUUAAAGAACAAAAUUUUCAGUUUAAAAUUUUUAUUAAAUUUUACAAUACAAACUGUC